AUGCAGAACUGCUCGCAGGCCAGGCCAGGCCAGGCGGGAGCCGCGGGCGGCCCCCGCGCCCUCGGGUGCAGCCGGGCGUGGCCGGCUGCGGGGAGGGCGCGCCCGGCGGACGCGCUCCCCACCGGCGGUUGUCGCGCCGUCUCGGCCUUCUGGCCCCGCGCGGUGUACUCUGCAGGCCAGCCGGGUCUCCCCGAGAUGGCCCACCUGGGCGCCUUUGCGCGGAGGGGCCUCCGGACGCUCUGCUUCGCGACCAGGGAGCUGGGCGCCGCCGAGCUGGAGGCCUGGCGCGGGGCGUACGCGGCCGCGAAGGCGACGCUGUCCGACGACCGGGCGGACCGCAUCCAGGCGUGCGCCGAGGAGCUGGAGACGCGUCCGGGGCUCCGGCUGCUGGGCGCCACCGCGAUCGAGGACCAGCUCCAGAGCGAGGUGCCCGAGGUGCUCCAGCAGGUGCAGGAGGCCGGCAUCCGCGUCUGGGUCCUCACGGGCGACAAGGUGGAGACCGCCAUCAGCAUCGCCAAGUCCUGCAGGCUGCUCACCGAGGACAUGACGCAGAUCCUCCUCGAGGGCGACGGGCCCGACCACGAGGAGCUCCUCAGGCGCGCCUGGCCGCGCGCGGGGGGGCGAGGGGGGGUGUUGGCCAAUAGACAGAGGGAGGCUCUGGGGGUGCCGAGGUGGACCACCACUGGCUCGGCCAGCUGA